AUGACAGUUGUUGAGUCUUCCAUAUUGCCUAAAGGUAUCUAUUCCCCGAUUCCUACAUAUUAUAAAAAUGAUGGUAAAUUUUCUUUAGACACAGAGACCCAAGUAAAGCAUGCUUUAAUGUUAUAUGACAAUGGUAUAAACGGGUUAGUUGUUUCUGGAAGCAUGGGUGAAUCCACUAAUAUAUCACCUGCAGAAAGAAACAGUGCUUUAAGAAGUCUUAGAAAAGCUAUUCCAGACAGAAAAUUCAAGCUUAUUGCUGGUAUGCCUCCAAAUAGUAUUGCAGAAGUCAUCACUGAAUCUGAGGAAAGCAAGAAAAAUGGAGCAGAUUUUAUAAUUUUAUUGGUUCCAGGAUACUUUGGACCUAAUUUAGUUAGUCAGCAAGGUAUUACCGACUACUUUCUUAAUAUCGCUGAUUACUCUGCUUUGCCUAUUGUCAUUUACAAUUAUCCCGGCACUUGUAAUAAUGUCAAUAUUACGAUUGACACUUUUGAGGCAUUAUCAAAACAUGAAAAUAUUGUUGCUGUUAAGUUAACUCAUUUUAAUUUAGACGUAUACACAUUAUUGGGAAAUAAUAAAACUUAUGAGACUAAUAAUUUUAGGCCAUUCACUGGCUUGGGUCAAGUAUUGAUUCCAUCCCUUUCAGUUGGUAUGUUUGGUGCAAUUGAUGGUUUAUCGGGUAUAUUUCCAAAAAGUAUGUUAAAGCUUAUGAAAUUGUACGAAGAUGGCGAGAAAGAAAAGGCUCUCCAGUUGCAGUACAUUAUUACUAAGGUUGAUUUGAUGAUUAGUGAAUUGAAUGUUGUUGGAGUUAAACAACUUUUAAAAGAAGUUCAUGGUUUUGGAGAAAUUUUGACGGGUAGACCACCAUUGAGUAAACCAGUUGACUUGGAUGCAUACAAAAAGUAUGAAAUUGAUAUCAAGAAAUUGGCAGAGGUUGAAAAAUCUUUGUAA